AUGAAAUAUAAAAAUUCAAAUAAGUCAAGAAUUUCAAGAGUUUGUAAUUCAUGCAGAAUCCAAAAACUAAAAUGUGAUAGAGAAAGGCCAUCUUGUAAAAGAUGUCUAAAAAACAAGAGGCCAUGCUAUUAUGACACUAGCUCUCCAGUUCUGAUUCUUAAUUCCGUAAAUAUCCCUUUAGGCAACGAUAGAUUGAUAGAAAUGACUUCAAAAGAUUUCCCUACAAUUUCUAAUGAAAAAUCUAAAAGUACCACUAGCGAAAACUAUUCUAUAUUCCAAUCACAUGAUUUAAACUUAAAUUAUAAUGUAUCAUUAUGGAACGCUAGAGAUAUGUAUGUCAGCCAAGGUCCAUCAACAUAUUUAGACUUCCCCUAUGGACCACAUAGUAUUGCUCAGUAUGAUCCAUUCAGUAGAAUUUUUUGCUCUUGCACACAUGGUACAGUAUUAGCUGAUCUACAAAACAAAUUAGAUAGGAUAUCAUUAUCAAAUAAUAUCACAACUAUGGACUCUAAUACUGAUUCCAUUAAUCCAGGUGAAAUUAUCAGCCCUCUACAGUUUCUUAAGGAAGCUAUUACCCAUUGGGCUAAAAACACAAAUAGGAACAUCACAAACCAGUUGCCACCAGAGUAUUUCAAUACAAUUUAUACAAUAGAAGAUAGAAUAAACCCUAAAUUGAUGUCAACAAUUCAAGAACUUAUUCAAAAGGUAGAGCUACUCCUACCUAACAUGCAAAAUAUCAGCAUCAUUCUUCUCUAUUUUUAUGAAAAUGUAUACCCAUUUUACCCAUUGAUCGAAAUACCAACAUUUGAAAACAAUUUAAAAGAGAUAUUGGAGUUUCAAACGAAUGGAUAUUAUAAGAUUAUUAUAAAUAAAGAGGAUAUUCGACGGAAAAUAGAAACUUUAGUGUUAUUUCUUUUAAUAAUUGUGAUUAGUUUAAGAGAUCCAAAAUUUGGGCUAGAUAAUGAUCAGACUAUGCAUCCAAUCCAAUUAGCAAAUAAUAUCAUGAUAAUAUCUGAAAAACUUCUAUCAUUACUCAAUGGGUUUAAGUUUACUAGUGAAAACGCACUUGCAUGCUUACUUUAUUCUUAUAUUUCGGAAUAUUUAAAUCCAGGAAAUGACGAAAUGCAUGUUACACAUAAUGGGAUCCUAAUAUUGAAGUGUCUUACAGAAUUAGCAAUUACAUUAGGGUUACAUGAAGAGCCAUCGCAAUUCUCUAGAUAUAAGGCGGAUACAUUUUCAACUCAUUCGUAUUUUAGACUCAGGUAUAAACUAUGGUUAGGCAUUCAAACAUUAAGAAUGUUGAUGAUUACAGCGGAUGGUGGCUGUACAAUUCUAGAUCAAUUAUAUUUGGAAAACUAUUUCAGUAAUAGAGAUGAUUUAUUAGAUUUUCCUUUUGGAUAUAUGAUGUCAAUGUCUGAAUUUGAAAAAAAAUUAUUUGAAUUACAAAAGGAUAAAUAUCAAGUUCAUAUUAAACUUACACGACUAAUGAAUCAUUGCAAUAAAUCUUCCCGAACGCAAAACCUUAUAGAAAUAUCGGAAAAUAUUAACAAUCUAGGAGCAUUUAUUUCUCAAAAGUUUCCAUUACCUGAUGCAUCACAACCUAUUCUAGCGACAAAUAUCUUUGUUGAAGAAUGGAGAGGGGCUAAGUUUAAAUUUGAAGAAAUUAAAAUGGUUGAAACUUUAAAGGUUAAUAUUCUGUAUUUAUCUAGCGUAUUAAGUAUUUAUAAUACAUUAAUGUUCCACUUUGAGCGUAAUAUCACAGAAAAUGAAGAACGAAAUGAAAAAUUUUAUCAUUUUUAUCUAGUAAAGGGAUUUGGUUGCUACUUGGAACUGCUCACGCUAAUACUUCAAUAUUUUGAAAAUGAAUUUUCCCCUUAUACUAAAAUCAAUUAUGAAUAUUCUCUCAAUAAAGGAAUCACAUUUCUUAUGAUAAAAUUAUGGAUAGCUCAGCUGUCAUAUAUCUUGAGGUUUUCACGCAAAAAUGAGAUAUUAAUUAAUCAAUUAGCUGAUUCAAGAUAUUCCGAGAUUCAUUCAAAAUUAGAGAAUGAAAGGGCAAUUGUUAGUUACAUGAUUGAUUCAAUAUCUAGCCAUAUGGGGCUAAUUUGUAUUUUAAUAACUGCUAAAUUUGGAUAUUGUUAUAUCGGCUGUUCUCAAGUUAUUUUAAUGAUAAACUAUUUUCUUUAUUUAGUAAACAAUAGCUACUUAGGCCAAAUUCAAAAUGCAUACUGGACCAACGUAAUUAAUCACACUCAAAUAUCUACUAAAAUUGUUGAUAAAAUGAAUUUGAAAUGGGGGUUAAGUGCAAGUAAUACCAAUUUUAUUGAGAAAUAUUAA